AUGGGUAAAUCUGCUCAAGAUUUUAUUCAAAACUCUUUUUCCCCAAUUAUUGCGGUAUUAUGUAGUCCAAAAGUAAAUAAUGUUGUAUCUAAAAAUAAUUUGACAUUUUCUGAACUACUACAACCUUUUGCAUUAAUGGAAUGGGAAGGUCAAUUCCGAGAGCCUGGGGGAAGCACUUGUACUAUAAAAAAUUGGAAAUUAAUAAUAAGAGAUGUAAACUGGAAACCUCUUCAACCUACUGAAGCUAGAAGACAAUUAAAUAAUGCAGUUUUACAUAACUAUGAUGAAAAAACGGUUACUUUGGAGUUUGAUGGGCGUAAGUUUGAUGUUCCACAACUUACACCCUGGUUUGAUGCUUGGAGGGAGACUUAUCUUGAGGUGCAAUUUCCUUCCGAUCAUGAAUUUACUAAACAUUUUUUGUCCUGCUUAAUUGUGGCCACAACACUGGAUGAAAAUAUUGUAGAUACCUAUAAUGUAUUGAAUCAACAAUAUGCACAAUUACAAAAUAUUGCCCCUCCUAAAUUACCCAAAUGGUUUAAUAAUGGGGUUUUAAAAUCUUAUCUUCUCUUACAUGAUGUAUCAUGUGUGUCUAAGGAAAAAGCAGAGACAUUAUUUGAAACAAUGAAACAAGCUUUUGGCAUAGGAAACUGUUUCAUGUUGACAAUAAAUUCAAAAACUUCAAGUGAUCCCAAGUUACUUACUGAUUUUUGGGCUCCAUUUGUUACAAGAACUCCUGAAUCUAAUAGUGAAAUUUCGUCGCCAAUGAAUACAACUACUACAUCAUUUGAACCGCAAGUUGCUCCCACUCCCAUUAAUGUUAUGACACCUGAAGAAAGACCUAACAUAACGAUAACAUCAACACCAGAUGGCAUACACCCACUAACAACUUCUGAUAAUGAUGUUUAUGAUAAUGCAAAUAGUUUACAGCCCUAUUCAUUUUCAGGCAGUUCAGAAAGUGUUAAUGUGACCGGAAAAGGAAUCGAUUAUUCUAAUGAAGUGCAUGGAGCUGCUUUAAACACAAGUGAUAUUGAUGCCAUUAAGAAAUUCUUAAAAGAGUAUGCAUCAAAAGCCUUACUCCCUUACUUAGAAAAACAAAUUGCUCAACUAUCGGAAGUGGUUGCCAAUAGAAAGGGCGUAAGUAGAUCGCUCUUGUCAGCGACUAAGCGGUGGUUUGCAACUGGCAAAGGUGGAAAUACUACUGGGAAUAAUACCGUUAUAUACUCAAACGACUGUCCAGAACUACAGCUUCGACGUUUGGGUGAUCUUUGGUUCUUAUGUGGGCAGUGGCAGCGAGCAUUUGACGCGUACCACACAGCUAAACGAGAGUUCUACGCGGACAGUGCUUGGCUCUGCUACGCUGGGGCGCUUGAAAUGGCUGCUAUCAGUGCUUUUAUGGCCGGCGAAGCAAAUCGAAAAACACAUGGGUAUAUGGAGGAGAGCAUUGUGACGUAUCUCAAUACUUGUAGAAUGGUGCAAUACGCUGUCAGAGCUACUUUACUCUCAGCCUUGUGUCUGAUAAACUCUGGGCUCCAUGGGGAAGCUGCUAAACAACUAAUUCGUAUGACUUCAGAAGACAGUGACUUGCGUAGCGCAAUGCUGUUAGAACAGGCUGCUCUUUGCUUCCUCUCAGGACCGGGCACUAAAGUCAUGUGCAGAAAGUACGCUUUCCACAUGGUCCUCGCUGGACACAGAUUCUCAAAAGCCGGACAGAAGAAACAUGCCUACAGAUGCUACCACCAAGCUUAUCAGGUGUACACGGGCAGCGGGUGGCGGCUGGCCACGGACCACGUGCAGUUCGCGCUGGGGCGGCUGGCGGGCGCGCUGCGGCGGGGCGCGGCGCCGCGCUGGCUGGCCGCGCCGCUCGCGCCCGCCUCGCCGCAGCCGCCGCCGCAGCAGGCCGCCUUCCUGCGCGAGUACAUGCUGGCGCACCAGCAAUGGAUCGAGAGCAGCGAGGAGUUCUCGGAGCGGCUGCCGGUGGUGCCGGUGCCGCUGGCGCGGCGCGGCGAGACGCGCGUGGCGUGCGCGGGCCCGGCGCCGCUGGGCGCGGCCGGCCGCGUGGCCGCCGCCGCGCCGCCCGCCGCGCGCGCCGCGCACGCCGCGCACUGGCAGCGCCUCGAGCUCAUGCUGCUGCACGCCGCGCAAGGCGCCCCGCCCAUGAUAUUCAAGCCCACCGUCGACCUCUACACCGAGCGCACCGACGCCAACCCCAUCGUGCCGCAGGGAGAACCUGUACAAAUUACACUUACGUUAACAAAUCCCUUAAAGAUACCGUUGCUUCUAAAAGAUCUGGAAUUGCUCUGGCAAUUCAUACCAGAUACAGGAGAAACCGAAGGUCCCAAGGACAUCCUUAACAAUGAGCCUUUCUUAGCAUCAGGACGUACAUUAGAGAGUAACGUCAUUUUCAGACAAAAAAUAGCCUCAUGUCUUUUAGAAGGGGAAUGCAACAAAAGACUGACAUUUUCAUUGACCCCACUACAAGUUGGUCGACUGCUUAUCAAAGGUUUAGCUUUCAAAUUAAUCAACACUGGAGAGGAGGGCAAAGAAAACAGCAACAGUGUAAUUAUCUCGGGAAAAUUAGAUUUAUUGUCGGAUGGCAAUGAGUCUGAUAAGCGUUUGCAAAUUAUUGUGAUUCCACAAGCUCCAUGUCUACAGAUGACAUUUUCGGAGACCAGUCCGGAUGUGAUCAGUGGCGAAUUGAGAACAAUAGAUGUGGAAUUCCGCAACGUGGGUCCCGUGGAGAUGAAGAACUUGUACUUAGCAGUAUCCCAUCCUGAUUGCGUCCGCCUCGACAUUGAUGAGCACAGUGAUGAUUUCAAAUUGCUUUACGACGAAAAAUACCGCGAACAGCCUUCCUAUUCGGACGAGCGUGCGGCGCGUGCGGGGGCGCGCGCGGGCGCGGCGGCGCGGCACUGCGGGCGCGCGGCGCGCGCGCUGGCGCCGGCCGCCGCCGUGCGCGCGCGCCUGCUGCUGCGCCCGCGCCGCGCCGCGCGCACGCUGCGCCUGCUCGCCUACUACGAGACCGGCCUGCGCCAGCGCCCGCACCGCUUGCUGCGCCACGAGAUGCGCUUCGACACCACGGAGGCGGUUGAAAUACAAGUAACACCAAGAAGAAGCUUAAAUAAAGCUGAUGGGGAAGUCUUAGAAAACAUGAGUCUUGCGGUCGAAGUUAAAAAUAUUUGUAAAGAGAAACACGAGGAUAUUUCCAUAGAAGUAUUAGAGGUUUCUCUGCUCAGUCAACAGUGGAAGUUAACUAACGCAAUCGCAGCCCCUAAUGUCGAUGAGGCUUUGGUCCCACGCGAAAGAAUUCAUUACGUGUUUAAAGCUAAAAGAAUUCUUGAAGAAACUGACAAAAACAAAUUAGAAUAUUCAUAUAUUAAAGUUGGGAAAAGACACGCUGAAAGCGUCGCCGAUGUUAUUUCCCCGCCAUAUUCUAAAUUCCUGGUCGAUUCCUUGCCUUCUAUUGACGAUAAUACUGAAACAAAUUAUUCAGUACCAGUGAAAAAGAGAGAUGGGUUGAUACAGUCGAUGCUUGUUUUGAGAUGGAAGGCUUAUGAUAGAGUGAAAAAUAGAACCGCCAUUGGACAACACUGUUUAUGGAUGGAUUGCUUCACUAAAGCGUUGUCCCGUGAAAUAGAUUUGUCGCCAGAUCUACCCGCGAUACCACUGGACGAUAUAGAAAGUAAAACUAACAUUAAUGAAAUAAAGGAAAAGAGCCACACAAGUGAUGUCGUUAUUUUCAGAUUAGAGCAUUCCAAUUAUGUGAAUCAUAACUUUACUUUGAGAAAAUUGUGUUUGAUACCUAUUGUUAUAAAUAUAGUCAACUGUUAUGGAGUGCCGGUUACGGUCUUUAUUGAUAUGACUAAACAACAAAAUAGAGAAACGACUGGUGAAUUGGGUUGGGCGGGAGCACUAAGCACAGGCAUUGAUCCAGAUUCCAAGGAGUUAGGAGUGAAUGUGACGCUACAAAAAUUUGAAUCACGUCGUGUACAAGUGCGAGCGCUCUGUGCCGCCCCCGGCACUUAUGUAGUGGGCUCCGCCUUCACACUCACUACCACGUGGGGUCUGAACAACCGAGCCAGCACACACUUUUCCAACAACGCUUCUCUUCUAGUCGUUAAACAAGUUUAG